AUGUUCUCCCUUAAGCCGCCCAGACCCACCUUCAGGUCCUACCUCCUGCCGCCAUCCCAGAUUGACGAUAAGAUUAACUCAGAACCGAAGAUUAAAAAACUGGAGCCCGUCCUCUUGCCAGGAGAAAUUGUUGUAAAUGAAGUGAAUUUUGUGAGAAAAUGCAUCGCAACAGACACAAGUCAGUAUGAUUUGUGGGGAAAACUGAUAUGCAGUAACUUCAAGAUUUCCUUUAUUACGGACGAUCCAAUGCCAUUACAGAAGUUCCAUUAUAAAAAUCUUCUCCUUGGUGAACAUGAUGUCCCUCUAACAUGUGUUGAGCAAAUUGUCACAAUAAAUGACCACAAGAGGAAGCAGAAAGUACUAGGCCCCAAUCAGAAACUGAAAUUCAAUCCAACAGAGUUGAUUAUUUAUUGUAAAGAUUUCAGAAUUGUCAGAUUCCGCUUUGAUGAAUCAGGUCCCGAAAGUGUGAGAAAGGUAUGCCUUGCAAUAGCUCAUUAUUCCCAGCCAACAGAUCUCCAGCUACUCUUUGCAUUUGAAUAUGUUGGGAAAAAAUACCACAACUCAGGCAGCAGUAUCAAUGGAAUGCCAACAGGAGGUGGUGGAGCUGGCAGCGGCAGCAGCCAGAAAACACCACUGUUUGAAACCUACUCAGAUUGGGACAGAGAGAUCAAGAGGACAGGUGCUUCUGGGUGGAGAGUUUGUUGCAUUAAUGAGGGUUACAUGAUAUCCACAUGCCUUCCAGAAUACUUUGUAGUGCCAACUUCUUUAGCAGACCAAGACCUGAAGAACUUUUCCUACGCUUUUGUUGGGCGAAGGAUGCCGCUUUGGUGCUGGAAUCACAACAACGGCAGUGCGCUCGUGAGGAUGGCCCUCAUCCAGGACAGCUUGCAGCAGAGAAAAAUCGAUCAAAGGAUUUGUAAUGCAAUAACUAAAAGUCAUCCACAAAGAAGUGAUGUUUACAAAUCGGAUUUGGAUAAAACCUUGCCUAAUAUCCAGGAAGUACAGGCGGCAUUUCUAAAACUUAAGCAGCUAUGUGUGAAUGAGCCAUUUGAAGAAACUGAAGAGAAGUGGUUGUCUUCGCUGGAAAGUACUCGGUGGUUAGAAUAUGUGAGGACAUUCCUUAAACAUUCAGCAGAACUUGUAUACAUACUUGAAAGCAAACGUCUGUCUGUAAUCUUACAAGAGGAGGAGGGAAGAGACCUGAGCUGCUUUGUAGCGUCCCUUAUCCAAGUGAUGCUGGACCCUUACUGUAGGACCACCACUGGCUUCCAGAGUCUGAUACAGAAGGAGUGGGUCAUGGCAGGAUACCAGUUCCUGGACAGGUGCAACCACUUAAAAAGAUCAGACAAAGAGUCUCCCUUAUUUUUGCUGUUUUUGGAUGCCACGUGGCAGCUGUUAGAGCAAUAUCCAUCAGCUUUCGAGUUUUCGGAAACAUACCUGGCCGUCCUAUAUGACACCACGUGGGUCUCCGUGUUUGGCACUUUCCUCUUCAACUGCCCCCAUCAGCGGGUGAAGCAAAGCACAGAAUUUGCUAUAAGCAGAAAUAUCCAAUUGGGUGAUGAAAAGGGCUUAAAAUUCCCCUCAGUUUGGGACUGGUCUCUUCAGUUUACAGCAAAGGACUGCACCCUUUUCCAUAACCCCUUAUACAUUGGAAAGAGUACGCCUUGUAUACAGAAUGGUGCUGUGAAAUCUUUUAAGCGGACAAAGAAGAGCUACAGCUCCACACUCCGAGGAAUGCCAUCUUCCUUGAGGAAUGGAAUCUUCGGUGACCAAGACUUACUCCCCAGGAGAAACUCACUGAUAUUAAAAGCAAAGCCAGAGCUAAGUCAGCAAGCCGAGAGCCAGAACAGUGGCAUGGAGCAGUACUUCCGAGAGUGGUUCUCCAGACCUGCUGACCUGCAUGGGGUCAUCUUGCCACGUCUCUCGGGAACACACAUAAAGCUGUGGAAACUCUGCUACUUCCGCUGGGUCCCCGAGACCCAGAUCAGCAACGGUGGCUUCAUCACUGCUUACCACAAGGCCUCUCUUCUGGUGGACGAGGUCAGCACGCUUAGCAGGAUGCUUCGGCAGCAGCACCGUGGCCCGCUGCCAGCUUGCCGCUCGGAGCUCAACCAGAGCAGGAUGUACUUCCAGGCCAGUAGCCCAGGCACCGCCGCGAGGACCCUUGAGUUCCUCUCCUCCUCGUUUCCGUUUUCUCCUGUGGGUAACCUAUGCAGACGGAGCAUUUCAGGAACACCGCUGAGCAAAUUCUUAAGUGGGGCCAAAAUAUGGUUAUCUACUGAGACCUUGGCAAAUGAGGACUGA